AUGUCUCUACAAGCAGCGACAGGUAGCCAGCCACCAUGUCAUCAAACCACAGCAAUCCGACUCCUAGUCGACUCCCUGUAUGAGUCAACGCGCGGGUCAACGGCCCUAGCGAACCAGGCCCAAAACGAGCUUGGUCUGCUUCUGGCCGUGCUAAGCGCGACCGAGACGUAUACUUCCUCUCUAGGCCCAGAAUGCGUCCAUCUCGCAGUCCUGAAAAAAAGAUUGCACAGCUGCCAUGUCGUACUGCUGGAAUUGCAGAAGCUGCUGCUACAUCCAGAUGCGCUCGGGGCUCAGAGUCUGGUUUCUGACAUUCGCGCGCGUCUCUCGUCGGUUAUUUUUGGGCUUACUGAGGUGAAUUUGAAUAUGAUGAUAUCAUCACAGAAGAUUAUUGCGCGCGCGUUGAGGUGUUUUGUCGAUGACAUUCGCGCUGGCAAGAGGGAGGCUUUGGUUGUUUCUGACGUUUUGAAGGACUCUUCGAAGCUUGAGGAAGAUGAAACUUGGCCUCAGCUGCAAGGAGAGUUGGUCGCUACUGGUAUUGCUUCUGAUUUGUUGACUCUGAACCGUGACUUCGUUCUCUCGACUCUUCAAAAGAUAGCAGAGACAGAUAGCCUACUGCCUGUUAAUAAGGAGAACACGGCUCCAGUGGAGCAAGUCCAUGAGUCUACGGCACCAGCACCAAUCCUGAAAUUGGAACGUCAGAGCAGCCCAGAUGACAAGGACUGGCUAGCAGACGAACCAACUGGGCUUCCAUUCCUCCCGCUCCCGCCGAAAGGCUUCUCAUUUUCAGAUAAGCGCAGCUCAUAUUCAAGCCAACAGCAGCCCUAUCCAGAAAAAGAGACAGUACGAGAAGAAAACUUCCCAAUACCAGUGAUAUUGGACAUCCAAGAUUGCACAGAUACACAAAAAGAAGUGCUACCAGCCGAAGACUUCCCCAUCCCAGUUCUCACAGAGACCACUCCACAAGACAAGGACAUGGACCUCCCAAUACCAGUGACAGUACCUACCGAGCGCAAGCCGCCGAAACCCCCACUAGACCUCCACUCCUUCAAAGUUUCCACACACUCAAAAAAGCCCCACCGAAUGAGCCGCAUUUUAUGGGAAAUGACUAGUUCAAAAACACCCUUCAUAGACGCCAUAAAAUCCAACCAGCACCAAACCGUGCAAACCCUCCUCUCCAAAGGCGCCGACCCCAACGCCCAAAACACCGACGGCACAACAGCCCUAAUGGCUGCCGUCUCCUUCGGGCACGAAGCCACAACCCGCCUCCUACUAGAAUACGGUGCGGACAUGAACGCACGGACAGUGAAAGGCGAGACAUCGCUCAACGUCGCCGCAGCACGCGGCUUCGACCGCAUUGUGCGGAUGCUGAUUGCGUCAGGCGCGAAUAUCGAUGCGGGAAAAGGGACGGGCAAAACGGGGCUCUCGCAGGCAGCCACGUACGGACAGAACGUAAUUGUGGAGAUGUUGCUGGACUGCGGGGCGGACAUUAAUGCUGUUAAUGUUACGGGGGAUACGGCGUUGGCGCUGGCGGCGUUGAAUGGGAAUAUGAGGGUUGCGAGGCUGUUGCUUGAUCGCGGCGCGGCGGUUGAUCUUAUGCGGUAUCCUUGGCAGACGCCGUUGUAUAAGGCUGUCCAGUCGAAUGCUCUGGAGAUGGUUAGGCUUUUGAUGGAGCGUGGGGCGAAUCCGUUUGUUAAGGGGGGGGAUUCGUCGGACGGAGACGGUUGUGGCUUAUGCAGGGACAUUGCAGAGAAGUGA